UCUGCAAGAAAAAAAAAACAUAGAAAAUGGAUAUAAAGAGAGUUGCAGCUGCUCAAGAAUAUGAAGAUUUUUUGCCAACAUCAAUGAUGGUUCAUGAAAAUGACUAUGACACUCUUCUCUUUAAUCUUACAGGUUUCAAGAAAGAACAGGUAAAGAUUCAACUGUCCAAAACAGGAAUACUAAAGAUUAGUGGACAAAGGCCAGUUUAUAAAUGGCAGAGGUUUCAGAAGGACAUUCCUGUUUCAGAAAAUUGUGAAAAAAGCAAAAUUAGUGCUAGAUUUGUAAAUAGCAAUAUUCUUUGUGUUAAAUAUCCAAAAUUGAUCAUUUCAGAAGAUAAAAAGAUUAAAAAAUUGCCUGCCUCAGCCAAUGAACAAGCUACAAUGGAAAAGACCACUUUAGAGGAUAAUGCUGAUCAGAAUGCUCCUGCUAAAGAGCCAAUACUGAAAGAAGAACCAAAGAACACUAUUCCAAAAACCAGUGAACAAACAGAAGCUAUAAGCCUUCCAAAAAGCAAUUCAGAAGAUGGAAAUACAACAAGUUCAUGCAAUAAAUCAGAUGAUCAAUCGAUAAACGAUAAGGAAUUCCCAGCCGGAGACGCUCCACUGCCUAAUAAUCCAGCCAGUGAACCACACGAGGAUCAAAAUACCACUUCAAUUGAUGAGCCAAAGAUCAAUAAUUCAAGAACCAUUGAACAAACAAGAGUUGAACCAGAUAACGGAAACAACAGCAACAACAAUAACAAUAACAAUAGUGUCUCAGUUCCAAACAAGUUGGGGUCGGCUAGUGAUUAUUUCGCAAAGCUGAAGAUGCGAAAGGAAGUGAUAAAUAUGACCCUAGUUGCUCUGUUGGNUAUAACCCUAGUUGCUCUGUUGAUUCUUGGUGUCGGUCGCUAUGUCAUCAAUGUGAUGAAGUCUCCCAAGAAAGCUAAAGAAUGA